AUGGUUGUGUAUUAUGGAAGGACACAGGGAGGAUUUGACUUGAUUCCCCAAGAAGGACCGGACGAAGAUUUGAAUUUUGAGUUGGGGCCUUCCACUGCAGAUGAAACAACGUGGGCAUUGGUCGACCGAUGGCUCAAUCGAUGUGUCCAAACACAUCCGGCCUGCAGUAAUCAAUAUACAGAGAAUUUCAUUCCAAGUCGUCUUCUUGAGCUGAAAGCUACAGACAAUGAGAAGGUGUUCCGCCUCGUUGAAAGGCAUCAGGUCGAUCCCGGGGAGCGCUACAUGACCCUCAGCCACUGCUGGGGCGGGAGUCCAUCGAAUCCCGCGCUAAUCUUACUUAAGAGUACUUUUCAGACUCUGACAGAGUAUCAACCGCUCUCAGUCCUUCCCAAAACAUUCCAUGAUGCUUUCGUCGUCAUCGAGAGGCUCAAUAUCCGGUACCUUUGGAUCGACCGUCUGUGCAUCUUCCAGGACUCAACGCAAGACUGGCAGAGAGAAUCAGCUUCCAUGGGCGAGGUCUACUUGAACAGCUGGCUCGGGAUCUCGGCACUAGGCUCUAGCAAUGAUACCGGCGGGUGCUUCUUUUCCCGCGAUCCGGCCGCAGUUGCCCCCACCAUUGUCAACAUGUGCGUCGACAGCCCAAGCAAUCCCCAGCCGUAUCGCUUCUCCCUGGAGAAAGGUUGGGCUUGGAGACUAACUUUCGACCGGGAACCUUUGCGAAAGAGAGGAUGGACUUUGCAGGAACGCCUCCUAUCCCCGCGGGUUCUGCACUUUGGCCGGAAGCAAGUCUUCUGGGAGUGCAGGGAGUGUGCAUGUUGCGAAAUACACCCAAACAACGUAUACGUUUAUGGUCAGGAUGAUUUUGACAGCGAUGGAGAUGAUACGGAAGAUUCUGAGGUUGGGUCGCCGCCGUCUCCAACGAUUAAAUACCAUCAUAUCUGGAAGCAACUCCUCGAUGCGCCCGAUCGACGGCAUGUCGAUGACCCCGUAAAACAGGCCUACCUGGAUUGGCAGGCAAUCAUCGAGCUUUACUCUGGCUGUCAGCUCACUGUUCCCACAGAUAAGCUUGUCGCGAUUUCCGGGUUGACGAAGGGCAUUCGUAAACAUCUCAAGGGCCUUGGUUGCGCGUCGGAUACUUACCUUGCUGGACUGUGGCGUCGUGAGCUUCCCCGAGCUUUGGCUUGGAACGUACUAGGGGUCGGCCGAAGACCUCCUUCGUAUCGCGCCCCUUCCUGGUCGUGGGCAUCCGUGGACUGUCGAGUAAACAUACCAUUGUCAUACUCCCAGUACUCCCGGGAUAUUAUCACAUAUGUGGUUGUCGUCGAUGCCGAAUGUACUAUAUGCACUGAGGAUGAGACGGGUCAAGUCAGUGGUGGCACCAUCACAUUGAAGGGGCCUCUUGCGAAUGCGACACUUCUUCCGCCUCCCCACGACUACCCCCACUACAAAACCAUCAUGUCUAUACAAAGCCUGAAGAGCCUUGAAGUAGCAGGUCACGAGCCCCUAGUGCAGACACCCAAAGAGACAAGUUAUGGAAGAAGUUGGGAAGUGAUAUUCGAUGUGAGGAGUGAGAUGUGUGACGACGUCUAUUGCUUGCCAAUCGACGCUCAGCAUUUCUCCGAAAAUACCUGGGUGGUUAUUGGGUUGGCCCUGUCUCGAACUAGUCGAGACACUUAUGUUCGCGUCGGUUGCGUCUUCAUGUAUCUUGAGAACGAGGAGGCCGCCAAGAACCUGUUUUCUGGGUUUCCAGAGGCAACGUGCGUUCUUGAGUAG